CACCAGUCUUUUUGGGCGUUGUGUUGUUGGCAUUCGUGCUUUACUUUUGCUUUAGUUUUAGGCUACAGUACGCUACGUUUUUUAAGGUUAAGAAGGAAUCGUCAAACAUAUGCUAUGCAUACAGCAGAGUUUCACUGUUUGAGGAAGUGUGGUUAUUGUUGUCUAAGCUUGGUCGUACUUCUUGUCAUCACAUUGGUAAUUUCUUCUAGUGGACAGAGGAUAGACCAGUUUGAGGUUCGUCUUUCUGACGGGAUCCUAGGCCCUCAUGAAGGAAGACUGGAGGUGUAUUAUGCAUUGGGAGAUAGUUGGGGCGUAGUCACCAGCACGGGAUGGGGACUUGCUGAGGCCAAUGUAGUUUGCAGACAACUCGGUUUCUUGGCUUCAUUUCCUGCCGCUGUGGGUCAUACAUUCAGCACAGAUCUACGUACGUCUGUUGUGGACAGGAUUAAAUGUAGUGGCAGUGAGACACGACUGGACCAAUGUGUCAACCGUGGAUGGCUGUGCUCUGGUGAUUGCUCCAGCGACAAUCAUGUUGGGGUCAGAUGCCUCACAAAGGCGUUACCACAACAACUCUACCAGGUGAGGUUGACAGGCAGUACAUCACAGUUUGAGGGUCUCGUUGAAGUCAGAUAUAAUGACUACUGGGGUCCAGUCUGUGGUACAGGGAGUGCAUUUGACUUCCUGUGUGCAGUUACCGUCUGCCGACAGCUAGGCUAUGGGCCACCAAAACAUUACCGGAUCUUGAGCGAAACAGACCCAGAAUCCAGGCCCAAAUUGAUUCACAGCGCCUCAUGCCACAUGUGGCAUCGAAGCCUUUUGGACUGUGAAGUGAAUGGCGCUGACGGAACUGUCUGUUCACCAUCUCACCCAGCGGCUUAUGUAGCCUGUAACAGGCCCGCAGAUCUGUAUCCCCUCUAUUUGGAUUCUCUCUCAAAUCGAUAUGAGGGCGCUGUUCGCAUUUACUCUGACGGGCAGUUUGGAACCGUUUGUAAUACAAAUUGGACCCUGACUGAAGCUGAGGUUGUUUGCCGUCAACUGGGUUACGGUUUGCCUGUUGGACCAAAUGUUCCUUCAGAGAAUCUUGCCGGACCAAGUUACGAGCCCAUUCUACUUGAUGCUGUUCAGUGUGACAGCGGCGAGUCCUUCUUAGCAGAAUGUAGCCACAAGCCAUUCAGAGACACCACCUGUCAGAAGCAGGACGAGGCCUCGGUACAGUGCCAACGGCCAGAGCUAGAGGAUUUUAGCCUUCGCAUCGCUGAUGGUAAUGCUUACCAAGGUAGGUUAGAGGUCGCCUUUCGUGGCCAGUGGAUGGCCAUCUGUAACGACACCUGGGACCUAGCUGCAGCCAAUGUCUCCUGUCGUCAGAUCGGCCUGGGGCCGGCUCGCUCAGUAUCGGCAGAGUUUGAUUUCCAGCCACAGUUUGUGGUGUGGAAUGAGGUUGCUUGCCAAGGAACGGAGGAGCGAUUGGACCUUUGCAAGACCUCUCAAACUGGCCAGUACUCCUGCAGUAGUGGCAAACUCGCCGGAGUAACCUGCAGUCCUUACAGAGUGCCCAACCCAAAUGCAGAUAAAAUACGUCUGAUUGCUGGGAUCCUGCCACACGAUGGGGCUGUUCAGCUCUACAAAAACAGCAUCUGGCAGGCCGUCUGUCCAUCGCGGUGGGAUAAUAGGGAUGCAGUCGUUGCAUGCCGGCAUUUGGGCUACCACGGCGCCGUACACAACAAUGCAUUUAAUACAGAAGGCCCGUUCUACAUGGACAACGUAGCGUGCCAGGGGUCAGAGGUGAACUUGACCAGUUGCUCUCACUCUGUCUUGACCCCAGGGGCAAGGUGUGAGGGCGACAUUCAAGCAGGUGUCACUUGCAACCCGUUUACUGGUAUCAAAAGCCUCACAGCUACAACUCUUCGUCUCGUUGGAGGAGACACCUUACAAGAGGGGCAACUGCAGGUAUACUUUGCUGGUGUCUGGGGCACAGUGUGCAGUGAUAAAGCAUGGGACAUGAAUGCCUCCCAUGUUGCCUGCCGUCAACUUGGUUACGAGCGAGCUGAGAAAACUGGUACCGGAAACAAGGAAAAAGGGAUGGAGUUCUUAUUGGGCAGAGUGGAGUGUUUAGGGACAGAGUUGAUGCUGUCAGCUUGUGCCCAUGCUCCGUGGGGGCAGGUUAGCUGUCCACCCAAUCAGGCAGCUACAGUCGUUUGCAAAGAUCGUCCUGGCCAGAAAAUGGACAGCGGGGUCAGUGAGUGGUUGUACAUCGGUAUCGUGAUCGCUGUCAUUGUCAUUGUCCUGAUCAGUGUCUUGGCCACCUGCGUCACCUGGUCUAUGAAGAAGAAGAAAGCCGAGAGGAGGAUCCGGGAAGGGCCCGACCAUCACAAUGUCCGACAUGAACACCUGGAACAAAGAUCCGCUGAGCCAGAGGCCAGAAGGCAAGAAACGGCCGAGACAAAGAUGUUGUGAGAGUACCGCUUGAGGUAAACGCCUGUAGCAUCUCAAACUUAAUAAGAAAUGUGAGCAUCCAGGCAAACACAAUCUAUGGUACUACCCAAACUACCUUGUUAACAAUUCAAAUUGAUUGAAAUACAAGUCUAGUGUGAAACCAUUCCGGGGGGAUCGAGUGUCAUGUGAAUAUGAUAUAGAAUAUUUGUCAGCUACUGAAUGUGAUACAUUGUGUUAAAAGUGAAAUGAAAUAAACCUAACCGAAAUUGAAAGUGAAAAUUACUGUGUUGCAGAAUGUUAACUAUAUUUUAUGACUUAUUCUUUUUAUAAAAACCAGUAGGUGAUCCACUGAUAAUAUUCAGAUAACUCAAUAUUAUGCAGACUCCAUAAAGACUAAUGAA